UUUAGAUUUUGCUACUCUUCAAUUUGAUCCAUCCCAAUUUCACUCCAUGUUCUCCAUAUAUCACGAUUAUCACGAUCGAUCAAGAUCUGUAGAUCGGUGUUCAUGGUUGGUGUGAUCGGGUAUGAUAAGCGAUCGGCAGCGAUAAGGUAGGGUCGGUAGGGUCGGUAGGUUAGAGCUGUUAGAGGGGUUAGAGCGGUUAGAGCAUCUUGGACCGUUUCACGUUGUGGUGUGUAAUUUUUUUUUGUAGAUUGAUUUUCGAGCUGUUAUUGUUUAUAUUUUUUUACCCGUGACAUAAUAAUGGAUGUAGACUUAAUGAGACCCGGAAGAGGGAGACCGUCUCAUAGUACUGUGUUGUGGUUUGAGUUUUUGUUGGAUCCUAGCCUACUGGAAAACCAUUUACAGAAAGAAACACCAGACAGAGCGGCCUACCACUGUUCAUCCUGAGCCACAGAGUAACUUCUGGAACUGUCUGAGUGGAAGUGUCUCACCUUGUACUUAUUAAUUUCCACUUUUGACCAUUGAAGAAGUACUUUAAAGGAAAGUACAUAUCUGAUGUGAUGAUAGAGUGAAAGCCAAUGUUUGCCAUUGGGUGUAAACAUUGAUUUAUUUUUUUUAUAAGGAAUUGUAUGUGAGGUGUAUUGCUGGCAGAGAUGUAUCCGUCACCCACAGACUUGAUUGUGAAGUUCCUGUCCAUUGCCCCAGAUACAAAGGAAGCAGAAUCCAAACAGAGUGAGAAUGAACCAUCAGAAAACAGUAAAAAUGAGGCGCUUGGAAGUAAAAGAAGGUAUAAAUACUUAGCUCUGAAAAUAUUAGCCCUGAAAGUUGCAGCUUUCUUGAAAUGGGAUCUAACUCUAUUAGAAAGAAGUGAUUGGUUGGAACGUUUGUUUUGAUUUUUGACACAUUCUGUAUUCAGUGGUGUGUCAACUUGUUUCUCG